AUGUUUUAUGAGUUGACACCCUGUUCCCAGCCCACCUUGAGAGUUUCUGUUCCCUGUCCUGCAGUCUACGUCACACUGAACAGCUCAACCACCCACCCCCAGCUCCUGUGCCAAGGCUCCACUGUGACUUGGACGGACAGAUACCAGGAAUGCCCGGAUGUGCCAGAGAGGUUUGACCGGGAAUUCUGCGUCCUGGGCUCUGAAGGAUUCACCACAGGAUGGCACUGGUGGAAAGUGUCCGUGCAGGGGGACUACAGUUCCCCGUUGCGGGGCACAGCAUGGUGGGCCGUUGAAGUGGCCAAGGAGUCCAUCCCCAGGAAGAGGAGCUUCCAGCUGAGCCCCCAGGAGGGAAUCUGGGCCGUGGGGACGAGUGUUUGGGGGGUGUCUGUCGCUUUUCAAAUGUAUCAGCAGAGGCUGAGCUUGCGAAGGCCGCUGCGGAGGCUGUGGGUGAGGCUGGACUGCGAGGCAAGAAAAGUGGAGUUCCUGGAUGCGGCAACAGAGGCUUCCCUCUACACCUUCCAGAUGGGGCCCCUCCUUGGGGAGACGCUCCGGCCUUUUUUCUAUCUGGGCAAGAUGGGGCUCACCCUUCAAUGUGAGGAAUAUCCUGUGAAAAUUAUGCGUGACUGAUAGUCCUCACAACAGUUGACAUAGUGACCAAAGUUGAGGAGCUCAGCCCCAC